AUGUAUGAUAUAAAACAAAACAGGAGUUAAUGCAAAAAAACAAAAAAUUCGACAGCCAAGCUUCAUUUUUUUUCAUCAUGCCUAUUCAAAGUUUGCCCAUUUUUUUAUAAAAAAGUAAACAGAAAAUUGUUAUAAAUCUACUACUAAACCUUUCAUCCAUACUCUUUUAUAUAUUUUAGAGUGAUUAAAUAAUUUAAAGAUACUAACUAUUUCAUGUAUUUUUAUUAACACCUAAUAUAUUUGAUCCAAGGCGCUCUCACUAUUUCUAAAAGUAUUGAUUUUUAUUUAAAUCAAUUACAUGAUUGGCAAGUAUUAGUUAGAUAUUUCUUAUUUUUACUGAAAUACAAAACGUUCUUCAUGAUGCAUAUAAUAAUAUUUUAGAAAUAAAUACAUGAAUUUAUACAAUAAAAAUUGUAUUAAAUACCUAUUGUUAAGCAGUAUUUUUAUUUCCAAAUAAAAAUUAUUCUGAUAAAAAACAUUUUAAUUUUUAAAAAAUUGAAAUAAAGAUACUCAAACUAAAAGAAUUUGAAGUUAAUUCGUAAUCUUCUCAACUUAAAAGAAUCAUUUAAUACUUCUACUCAGAAUCCAUUAAAUUUCCUAAAGCAAUUAGUUAGAAUAUAUUUCUUAUUCUAUAAUGAGAGAGAGUUAUCUUUUUGCAUAUUUUGA